AUGGAAAAUGGAGUCCACAAAACCGGCCAGCCCGACACACCUGUAGAAGUCCUGGUAGAUGUGCUGGGCAAAGCCUUGCAGUCAUCAGAUAUACAUGAAGUCAAAGGGUUAUUGGAGAAUGCGUACAAGCUUGCGCACGGCCUGGAUCCCUAUCUCGAUGCCAUCUCGACGCCACCCUCGGAGGUGUGCCAGGAGCUCAUCCACGCCUCUCUGGAUCACGAUUGGGCUGAGGCCCACAACCAGGGCAAGACACAGUUCCUGCAGAAGAGGGAGUGCUGUGCUGGGGCGCUGGAGGGCCAGCUCAUAGCCACGCUGUGCAAGCUGGCCAGCGCCAAGACAGUGCUGGAAGUUGGCAUGUUCACUGGGACAACAACUCUGGCUGUAGCACAGGCUCUGCCUCACGACGGAAAGGUGUAUGCUUUGGAGAUUGAAGAUUACAUGCGCGAAUUUGCACAGCCGUAUUUCCAGCGAGCGGGCGUCUCUGACAGGGUGGAAGUGGUGGUGGGUCCUGCCAGCAAGGGCAUUGCACAACUAGCUGCACGGGGCAAUCGCUUCGAUCUGGCAUUCCUGGAUGCGGACAAAACCGGCUAUCUCGGUUACUACAACCAGCUGAUGGACCUGAACCUCAUCGUGCCUGGAGGAGCCAUCAUUGUGGACAACACACUCAUGAAGGGGCGGACAUAUUACCCAGGAGGGGUGAAGGAUGAGCUGGCGGAUGCCAUAAGGGAGUUCAACGAGGUUGUGCGCAAGGAUGCACGAGUGGACGUGGUGGCUCUGCCUUUCAGGGACGGCGUCAGCAUUAUCACCCGGCGGCGGGACGCCUCAGCAGAAGCGGAUGAUGUCAUCACCGGCACAGCUCACAGCCGCAUCCUGCAGCGCCUGAAGCUGAAUGGCAAAGUAGCCCUCAUCACAGGGGCCGGGCAGGGCAUAGGGAGGGCAUUUGCGCAUGCGUUGGGAGAGGCUGGGGCGGCGGUGGCGGUGGCUGACAUAAAUGGGGACGCCGCAGAACGCGUGGCUGCUGAGCUGGCUGCCAAGGGUGUGCGCGCGAUUGCCAUCACUGCUGAUGUCACUCAGGCCAAAGAAUGCCAAAGGAUGGUGGACACAGUAGUGGAGAGGCUAGGAGCGCUGGACAUAGCGGUGAACAACGCUGGCGUGAACUUCAACAAUGCAGCAGAGGACACGCCUGAGAACGAGUGGGACACCACCUUCAGCCUCAACACCAAAGGCCUCUUCCUCUGCUGCCAGGCGGAGGGACGGCACAUGCUGGCGCGCGGCCGCGGCCGCAUAAUAAACACGGCGAGCAUGGCGAGUCUGCUCGUGCCGCAUCCGCAGAAGCAGAUUGCGUACAACGCGAGCAAGGCGGCGGUGGUGAAGAUCACGCAGACGCUGGGCGCGGAGUGGGCCGGCCGCGGCCUCACCGUCAACUGCAUGUCCCCCGGCAUAGUCAACACCGCCCUCAUACAGUCUGAGGCGCUGCGGCCGCUGGCGAAGGAGUGGUUGCAGCAGAUUCCCAUGGGGCGCCUGGCAGAGGCGGCGAUUGUGUUCAUGGCUUCGGAUGCCAGCAGCUACAUGACGGGGCACAACCUUGUGCUGGAUGGAGGCCACACUCUCUGGUAG